AUGAUUUCAAGCCUUGAUCUUCAUCCCAAGAACAGAAGCAUUCUUUUGCAAUCAUGCAUCCGAUCAACAAUUCCUUGGAAAGCCAUAUGGAAUCCGAGGCAACAACAAGUGAGAGCUUGUGGUUGGAAUGAACAUUCUGAACUCGGAGUCCAUAUUACACGUCCAGGUCAUGAUUCUGUGGUGAUGAUGGCGUCUUUGAAUCGUGGAAUUGUAGAACUACCUUCUUGUACGACAUCUCAUAAGAUGCAUUAUUCGGAGGAGGACGAGGAUGCAGAUGUUGAAAUGAAAAAUUCCAUUAUCACUCAUACUCACCUAUCUCACAAUACUUAUAAAAACAAUAAUAAUAACAACAACAAUACUGAUCACACUAAUAAUAAUCGUAAUGGAAAAGGAAGCAUGAUUUCCCAUGAAAAAUCUAGUGGUGGCAGUCAUGACUUGGAAGGAUUCGCUCGAGUGAAAUUCAUUUCUGGAUAUUUUGGAUAUUGUUUGUUAGUGACUGAAAAUGGUCAAGUCUACGUCAGAGGAGAGAAUCCAAAUGCAAUGUUAGUAUUGAAAAAUCAUGAUGAUUGUUUUUUGAGACAAGUGGAGAAAUGGACACCACUCAAAUUUUGUGAAUAUGAUCGAGAAGAAGAAACAUGGAUAGAGGUGUAUCCAACUAUUAGUAGAAUUGAAUGUAGUCCAUCUCAUGUUUUGUUGUUAGAUUCGAACUCAGGAAGAGUAUAUGCAAGUGGAUUAUUAGCAAUAGAGGCAAUAUUUGGAGAACGUCUUUAUUUUUGUGAGAUGAUUCAGUAUUUUGUGAAUCGAAAAGAAAAAGUGACACAUAUUGCGUGCAGUGAAAAUGGAUAUUGGUUUGUCACACACGAUCUAUACGGAACACAACGUUUUUAUACAGGAGGAGAUACCAUCGAUACUUUUGGUUUUGAAAGAGGAAUACCUCUACAUGAAAAUGAGUUUCCAAAAUCUUCAAAAAUUGUUGAAAUUCAAAGGCGAUAUGGAAUGGGAAUCCUUUUAUUACAGGAUGGCCGUUUAUUUGGAGUUUCUCAUUUUGGACAAAGAAAAUUCAUCGAAAUGAAUCGAUCAAAAAUUUGUGAAAAUGAAAUGAUUAACAAGAUCAUGAUUGGACAUAACUUUAUCAUUGCCUUAAUUUCACAAGGUGUGUAUGAACCAAUUUCAAGAGUGCUUCUUUGGGGAGAUUUGGUUCAUUCAAAUACAAAUUCUGCCUUAAACUUGGGAACUAUUCCCACCGAGUUGUACUUGCAGUCCCAACCAAUCAAUGAAUAUAUUACUGACGUCAGUUGUGGGCUUGCACAUAUUAUGCUCACAAGCUCACAGAGAUGGGUAUAUUCAAUGGGAUCAAAUGUACAAGGACAAUUAGGUAAUGGAACUCCAUUUGAUUCCUACGAACAACCAACCCGUACAGACCUAUCUCUCCAAGAGAAUGAGAUUAUUUCAAAUAUUUAUUGUUACCAAUUUUAUUCCUUUGUUGUGAUUGAAAAAAUCAACACAAGACUUGUUGAUUUUUUCGGUAAUCUUCAAAGAGCACCACAAACACAGGCCUUUUCGGAUUUGAAACUCUCGAAAUUUUGA